AUGGAUUUCCUAACGCAGGAAGCAUAUUUCCUGCAGGGAGUACAUGAGCGAGUCACAUCUCUUCAGGAAAAACUGGAAGAUAUACGUGACUUAUUCAAUGACAUCGAUGGGAAGUGCAGAAAGAAUGAUGCAGUUAAGCGUUGGAUGGGCGAAAUAAGAGAAGUAGCCUCCGAUGCUGAGGACGUCAUCGACUCAUAUAACUUUAAGAUUGAAAAACGGCAAGGAGAUGAUAGUGCUAGAUUCAUGGGAUCCGUACGAAGUUUUGCUUGCGGCGUCAAAGACAUACCAGCCACCCUCCAAGUUGGAAAGAAGAUCAGCGACAUAGAAAGAAGGCUAGAUGAGAUCUUGUCUAACCGAUCAGUGUAUGGUAUCGACAAUAUACCAGCAUAUGGAGAAGCUUCUUCUUCUUCUUCUUCUUCGAAUCAAAGUCACACAUGGAGGGAGAAGAGGGCUCCCAUCGUCGAGGAAGCCGAUGUGGUGGGUGUUGAAGACGAGACAGAGAAACUGGUGAGGCAGCUGACUGAAGGAGAUGUGCGACGUGCUGUAAUUUCAAUCACUGGUAUGGGAGGAAUAGGUAAGACUACUCUUGCUAAGAAAGUUUAUGAUGACAAAAAUGUAAAGAAGACUUUCAAAUUUCAUGCUUGGGUGUAUGUGUCUCAAGAAUAUCAAGUGCGAGAGCUUUUACUAAGCAUUAUAAAAUGCUUUCAAGGUCUCUCACGAGGCAAAUGGGAAAUGAUGAUUGAGGAAGACUUGCAGAAGGUGGUCUCUGAGUACUUGGAAGGGAAGAAAUAUCUGGUGGUAAUAGAUGAUAUAUGGACUAGAGAUGCUUGGGAUGGUUUGGUUUCUGCAUUUCCAGAUGGGAAAAAUGGCAGCAGAGUGCUGCUCACCACUCGCAAUGAAGACAUCGCAAGAGAAGUUGGGGAGAGGAUGGUUGCAAAAUGUGGAGGUUUACCUCUAGCAAUCACAGUAUUAGGAGGUGUUCUAUCAAGGAAAGACAACUACCAUGACUUGCCCUAUGACUUGACGCCCUGCUUUCUUUAUCUCGGAGCUUUUCCUGAAGACUCUGAAAUUGAUGUGGCAGAAUUGAUUCGGUUGUGGAUAGCUGAAGGGUUUGUGCAAAAAAGAGGAGGAGAAGAAAUGGAGGAUGUUGCAGAGGAUUACAUGAAUGAGCUCAUCAGUAGAAGCAUGAUUCAGGUGUCGAAAAGGAAGAGCAAUGGAACUGCUGAAAAAUGUCGAAUUCAUGAUCUCCUACGGAGCCUCUCAAUAGCAAAAGCCAAGGAAGAGAGAUUUCUGGACGUGAAUGGAGCACAACGCCUACAUCAUGGACAAAAGCACGCCAACUUAUACGACAUCUACUGCUACCACAUGGUUGUCGAAUCAAUUGCAACACGCCAUUCCAUCGCUUAA